AUGCUCUUUGCGUUGUUAGUUGCAUUACUUGGUUUUGCAAAUUCAAUUUCAAAUGAAGCAGCAGAACAACCUAAUCAGGCUUUCAAUCAACAGAAGUUAAGAAUUGAUUCUGGUUUAUUCGCCAAAGCAAGAAGCGCCCUUGGCAAGACAUCAAAAAAGUAUGCUGGUGCUGCAGCUGGUGUUACAUUAGGCUUUUUCGUUAUUCUUAUUAUUAUCUAUUGCAUUUUCUGCAGACCAAAGAAGCAAACAGAACAACUUGCUCCACUUAACGAAGCCUAA